UUGGUCCCACCUUUUUGUGUUUCCCGCACCGUCAAUCAAAAUAGAAAAAAAUCGACCCGAAUUCACCGAUCAACACUAGCCCGCCUUUGAUAAAACAAUCAUGUUCGGAGUUUACUAGAUCAGAUAAUCCUCCCGCUUACUAGCACUCACGAUAUGACUGGUACGUAUACAUUUAGCGCAUCGAGGUGUGCAACUAAUCGGUGAGUUUGUCCGGAAAACAGCGAAACGAGCUGCGUCUUUUUUAUCUUUCGCUCCGAUGCUAACUAGCUAGACAUGGUUAGCUAACCGAGCUAGCGGGCUAGCCACGGAGUUGACAAAGUAAACAGUCGAUCUGGGCCGAAAUCGCCCCGGAACCCCCGCUGCAAAGUUGAGUUUCGCAGUUGGCUUCUUUUGGACUGGAGGGUGGGGAUGCUUUGCGGGAUUUUCUGGCUGCUAGGAGUUGAAGAUUACAGAGUUUUGCCGAGUUUCCCCCUCUCUCCCUGCUAGCGCUAGAGCAGCCGCUGAAACAAGGAGAAAUGGCGUCCGCGGACGUGGACAGCAGUCAAAGCGAGUUCCUGCAACCCGGCGGCGCCGCGGAAACACAGACGACCGACAUGUCCGCCAUUCAACUAACGGGUUCAGACCGAUGGGAGGUGUUAACACCUGUCUCAGCUGGGAAGGACGACCAGGGAGUUCUUCACAUUCCAAACUCGGGGAUCGUUACGUCCAACGGGCAGUACGUGCUUCCUCUCGGGAGUCUUCAGAGCCAGCCCAUUUAUGUUACAGCGUCUGGGAAUGAGGCUGCAGCCAACGGAGUGUCAGGCAUUCAGUAUCAGGUCAUCCCCCAAAUCCAAAAUGCAGAUGGGACCCUUGCGGGAUUCUCCACACAGGGAAUGGACGACGGCACGGGUCAGAUCCACCUCCUCCAAGACGGCAGCCAGUGCAGCAUCGGGACAACAUCGACCACAGACCUUCUGACGCAGGCGGGGCACGUGCAGUCAAUCCAAGGUGUCUCGCUGACUGGGGGGGCAACGUACACCAGCUCGGUACCCGUAGGGCUGCCCGGCAACAUAACAUUCGUCCCCAUAAACAGCGUGGACCUGGAGUCACUAGGGCUCACAGGAGCGCAGACAGUCCCCAUCGCAACUGGGGUAACACCCGAAGGCCAACUGAUCAUGAGCGGACAGACGCUGGACACUCAAGGUCAGGGCGUUGGCAAGCAGUCGCUGGUGACUGUGAGCGGCGCCAACCAUGAGCUCUACGUGCCAACCACCACCUCGUCCAACUCUUCCCACCUCCCCGCCACCAUCGACGGCACUGGAGUUCUGACCCAAGCCACGGCCGUGUCCGCUGGCGUGUCUGACCCCUCCUCGGAGAACUACAACUCUCACAACCACCUGCAGCAAAUCCAGGUGUCCUCCGCCAACACCACUAUCUCACAGCCCAUCCUGCAUCUGUCCGGGGAUAAUCAGGGUCAAGGUCAGGACCUGAAUGCAGCUGGUCAGACCAUGCAGAGCGUGCAGCUGGUCAACCCUGGGACCUUCCUCAUCCAGGCCCAAACGGUGUCCGCCACAGGACAGAUCCAGUGGCAGACCUUCCAGGUUCAAGGUGUCCAGUCACUCCAGGGGCUCCAGUUGCCCCAAGGCCAGGGUCAGGCCCAGCAGCUGACCUUAGCCCCUGUUCAGACCCUCCCUUUGGGCCAGGCGGGCCAGGUCAGUCUACCCAACCUCCAGACUGUCACAGUCAACUCUGUAACACAAGGUGGAGUUCAGUACACACACGGAGACGAUCCAAACAGUCCAGCUGGUAUACACAUAAAAGAGGAGCCAGACUCUGAGGAGUGGCAGCUGAGUGGAGAUUCCACGCUGAACCCAAGCGACCUGAACAACCUGCGCGUUCAGAUGGUGGACGAGGACAUGGACAUGCCGAGCGGCGAAGGCAAGCGGCUCCGCAGAGUAGCCUGCACCUGCCCCAACUGCAAGGAGUCUGGAGGAAGAGGUUCGGGCAUGGGGAAGAAGAAGCAGCACAUCUGUCACAUCGCCGGCUGCGGGAAGGUUUACGGCAAGACGUCCCACCUCCGAGCUCACCUGCGCUGGCACAGCGGGGAGAGGCCGUUCGUCUGCAACUGGAUGUUCUGCGGAAAGAGAUUCACCAGGAGCGACGAGCUGCAGAGACACCGGAGGACACACACAGGAGAGAAGAAGUUUGUGUGCACAGAAUGUUCCAAGAGGUUCAUGCGGAGCGACCACCUGGCCAAGCACAUAAAGACUCACCAGAAUAAAAAAGGCGGGGUUCCCGUCGCCACGUCUCCGCCCACCACCGACACCCUCAUCACGGCCGACGGCACCACGCUCAUCCUCCAGACCACUAACGACCUCGUAGGCAAUCAGGAGAUCCCUCUGCAGCUGGUCACCGUGGCGCCGGGUGAGGUCUUGGAAUGAGGCGUUGUUUUUCUCCUCGGUUUUUGUCUUUUUUUUGAGAACUGGCCUAUCACAGGGACUCUCGGGCUUUUCCCCUCCCUCCCCCCUCCCUUCCUUUUUUUUACAUAAUGAAUAUAUACGUAAAUAUAUAUGACAAAUAUAUAUAUUUUAAGUAAGAGUUAUCAUGACUUUAUGUUUGUUUUUUGCAGUCUUUUUAUAGGCGGGCAAAAACAAACAUUAAAUGUGGUUGCUAUGUACACACGUCACACACACACACAUACACAUACACACACACACACAGAGAGACAGAAAACACUCGACACACAACAUGAAUACUCAAACUCAAUGAAAUGCCUUAUUUUGUAUCAUACUCUUGUAUAAAAUGCUGGAGGUGCAUGUGUGUUUUUAAGCUUUGCAGAUGAUGAUGAUGAUGUAACUGUUUGUGAAAACGCAGACGACAAAACGACGUCUCGGGAGUUUUUCGGGGGGAGAAAAAAAAAAACGAAGGAGCGAACCUCUCUGGGAUCAUUGAAUCGUGUCUGUGGGAGAGUUUCGGGUUUAAAACCGACCUCUCCGUUUGAAGCAGCGCAAAAACCGUCCGCGCUCAACCCCGUUUUCCAAAAUGCCUUUUUUUUUAAGCGUUCAGAGGAGUUGUUGGACUGUUUGUGGUCAAAUGUGAUUAUUGGCUUUCUUGCUGAGGGUUACGUGAUAGAGAGUGUGUGUGUGUGUGUGUGUGACAGCGCCGCCAGGUUUGCACACUGAAAUACGCAGCCAGCAACCACCAGGUAUCUUAGCUUAGCAUAGCAUUAAAGGUCCAGUGUGUAGGAAUUAGUGACAUCUAAUGGUGAGACUGCAGAUUACACCAAACUGAGGACUGCACAUACCAGGAAGGAUGUUGUUCACAACAACAUCCUUCCUUCAAGCUCAUCAGCUUAUGAGGUUAACAUAGUUACAGAGGUUGUUUUGUCUGUUAAGGUUGCCAUAGAAACGUGGCGGCACAAGAUGGUGGCCUAUUUUAAAUGAUUAUACUCUUAUACAAACAUAGUUAUGGGUAGUAUAUUCGACUUCCGCUCCUAAAUGAUACAAACUGGACCUUUAAUUCACGCAAUGACUCCGCCUCUCAUUACGUUUUUAAGCUGCAAUGUUGUUUGUCGAGGGCGGGACAUUCAAUCACCGAGUUCCGGCUCCUGAUUGGUUAAAAAGUCAGACUCACAGAUGAAAUUUUUAACUGAAAUAUUUCACCGACAGCUUUUGUCGCGUUUGUUUAAUCCACUCAGAAGAAAUUUAAGUGGGGGUAAAAAACAAUUGGCAGUUUUAAAGGGGUAUUUUUAAGGGUAGUAUUCACCUUUCAAGGACGUUACCAAGAAAUAGUCCGGUACGUGGUUGUUUAUUUUAUUUUUUUAACACUUGAGCUACAAAAAAAAAUUAAGACUGAUUACAUGUCAUUUUUUUGAUUCUGAUUUGUUUGACACAUUUAAAUUUCAAGUUAUUUUGGGCGGUGAGCACUGGACACAAAAUUGCAGUUUUUGUCACAUAUUUUUCCCUCUUCUUUUAUCUUAAUCAAAUAAUUUCAGAGUGUCGCUUUGGAGAUUUGCACUUGGUCGUAUUGUGAUUUAGAUAUUUUCACCGUUAAUAAUUGCGCAGCUCGUUCUGUCGGGUGCAUUGUUGUUACGUCACAUCGCGCUGUGACCUUUUUGAACACAGACUGACACGUUUCUCAUCUAGUUCUCAGCAAGAAAGUGAGUAAACUGGUUUUUCUUUUGUUGCUUUUUUUUUUUUAAAUGUCAAACUUCCAAUCACUGACAUCCAGCAGGGCGGCGACACAGGUGUGAUGUCGUGUUGUUUCAAGCAGCAGCAGAGAAGGACCGUGGCAGUGGUGUCGCCGUCACUGAUUUGACGUUUUCCCCCCUCGAAGGACGGAGGGGGGAAAAAAGGGCAACUUCUUCCAGCAUGUGGUCCGUGUGAACAGAACCUGUCCUCACACCGUCCUCUGUGCUCGUCCACAUCUAUACGCGUCUUCAUUUUUGUCUCCUUUUCGCAUAUUUUUGUUGUAAAUUUGCAUUGUAUGUCAUUUUUUUUUGUCACGUGUCCUUUUCGCCAACCUGGGUGUCGUCUAAAUCAAAAGCCACGCCCACACACGGCUGCGGGAGCAGAAACACGCAACAGUGUUGCCAUGUGGAGAAGAACCCAAACGCGGAUGCAACCAAUUGUCAAGCCCCAAAGGGUGGGGGGCGUUUUUGUCAUGGAACAUUCCAGUCGGUUACCAGAUGAUGUGGGAUUAAGUUUCCUGGCCAGAUGUCGCUCAAAAGGAAAAACAAUCAUGCCAUUGUUUUGUGUGUAUUUUAAUUAUUUUUUUCCCCCCAUUUUGUUUGUUUAAUUUUUGAAUUCAUGUAAUCCUUCCCCACGUUUGUCUUUUACGUUUGUAGCAUUCAUUUACAUGUAUAUUAUCUUAUUUUCCACAUUGUUUAUAGAAGCCAUUAACUAGUUAUCAGAAUUUGAUGUAUCAGAAACUUAUUUUAAGUGAUUUUUUGUUUUUUAAAGAAUUGGUGUAAAAAUUGAAUGUUACCUUUUGUAAAACAUUUUUUUCAAAUGAAUCACAAUAAAAGUCUGAAACAUUUACAGGG